CUUUCCAUCAUUUCGAUCUAGCUCUUCCUUCUGUUGCCUCUGUUUCUUCCUCUCUUCUUCCCUAAUAUUGAACUCCCGCAUUUGUUCAACCAUUACCCGCCAAAUUUCAUCGUGAGAGGAAACAGAGGUUAGAGGAGGACACACCUAUAAAAGAUGCAUGUAUGGAAACCACCGAAGGCAUGGAAUGAAAAAUUAAUCCUCUCUCCUAGAAACUCUCUUCUCUCCUUCUUCUUCUCAAACCCUAGCCCUACUGACGUUCAACCCCAAGCCGCCGUAGAAGCCGGUUGUGCAGGGACUCGGACGGACAACUCCUUCCUCGUGCGUAUCAACUGGUGCUCUCUUUCUCGAUCUCAUGUCUACCCCGAACGAGACUUCACCGGUUACCUUGGACGAUAUCAUACAAGCCAUCACCACCCUCUCCAACGAUUUGCAUGCAACCAAGCUUCGUGUUGCGCCAUGGAGGACACACAGCGCCAACCAGGUUGGCGGCCACUGCCGUCGCGCACGACUCCGCCGGCGUUUGACCCAGCCCCGCGGAUGCGUGUGGACGCACCUCGCUUCUCCGGUGAUGACCCGACGGGCUGGAUUUUUCGGGUACAAAAAUACUUUGAUUACUUCUUGACACCCGAGCCGGAACGAUUACAAUUGGUAGCCAUGUUAAUCGAUCACCCGGCAUCCGAGUGGUUCCAUUAUUACCAGGCGAACAACUCAAGCGCGUCGUGGCACGAGUUCUUGGAGGCUGUGCAUCAACGCUUCGAUCCGGACUAUUACGAGAAUUAUGUGGGUCUCUUGUCCAAACUCACGCAAACUUCCACCGUCAUUGAUUAUCAGGCUGCCUUCGAGGCUAUUUUGAAUAAAGUGUCGGGGGUACCUGAUACCGCUUUGAUUGCCAUGUAUGUGGCGGGUCUUAGGCAACCGUUACAGCGCGAGGUGAACCUUCGUGGUCCAACCACUCUCCAGGAAACAUUUGCUCUUGCCUGGGAACUCUCUGCUUGUCUUGUGGAUGCAGCGAAUUCCUACGCCAACGCUGGGCGACAACCCUGGCAGUCGCGGCCGGGACCUUCUGGAUCCUCCCCGUCUCUUGGGCUUCUCCCUACGUCUCCAGUUUCUAUGAAGCAGCCCACACCGGCGCCGCAGAACCCUGAUAAAACAUCUACUUUGCCGAUUGUUAAGUUGACCAACGCCGAGAAAACAGAACGGAACGACGAGGACGCAGUGGCUGACGAGUUGGAGUCGCCGGAGGUUACUUCGGACAUGGCCCUCAUCUCUACGGAUAUCUCCAGUAUUCACUCAUUAGCGGGAAGUCCAAGUCCUCGAUCCUUGCGUUUGGCAGGGAUGAUCAACAAUGGGGCGGUCCAGGUCUUUUUGGAUGGGGGCAGUACGCAUAAUUUCAUCCACCCCGCCGUUGCCGAACACCUCGCCCUUCCGCUACAUCCGAUUUCUCCCUUCCGUGUGUACGUCGGGAAUGGGGACUCGUUACGUUGCACCUAUUCAUGCCCGCAGACACCACUCUCUUUACAGGGCCAUUGCUUCAACAUUGAUUUAUACCUCCUUGAAAUACACGGCCAAGAUGUUGUUUUGGGUGUCCAGUGGCUUCAAACCCUAGGGAAGGUGGCUCACGAUUACUCUCAGAUGACCAUGAAGUUCUCUUGGAAGGGCGACACCGUCACGUUGCGCGGCGAUCAGCCCCAUCCUCGGCCCUUAUCUUACAGCCAAUUCUGCACUUUGGUGGCAACCGAUGCGGUUACAGAGGUGUUCGAGUUACUCCUAUCCAAUGCCCAGGUCCUACCUUCUUCCACGGCCGAAGUGGUAUUCCCCGGAGAUCUGCCCGAACCUAUCUGCAUGGCCCUAUAUGGCCGCCCGCCACCAUCUGUCUUCCCCACACUCUCCGUGCGUUCCAAGGUUGCUGAGGUUGAGAUCCUGUUGCGUGAACGAGUAGAGUUACUGGCCGACCUUCGGGCCAAUCUCAUCAAGAUGCAGCAGCGGAUGCGCUCACAAAAAAAUCAGCAUCGUCGCGACGUCUCCUUCGCGGUUGGGGAUUUGGUUCAUCUCAAACUCUGUCCUUACCGCCAACAUUCGGUGGCUAGGCCGUUGUCGUCUAAGCUUGACCGGCGUUACUACGGGCCGUUUGAAGUUUUGGAGCACAUAGGCGUUGUGGUGUAUUGUCUUCGUCUGCCGGAGGGCUGCCGCAUACACGACGUUUUCCGUGUCUCCCUCUUGAAGCCUUUUGUCGCUCGUGAUGGCAGUACCCCCGCCGCAGCACUGCCGGCCGAUUUCUUUAAAGGGCAGCCCAUUUUGUCUCCAGUGGUCGCCAUUGCUAGUCGGACAGUUUUGGUGAACGGUGAAUCACAAGAACAAUGGUUGGUUCGUUGGACAGAUGGUAGAGACGCGGACGCGACCUGGAGCCCGUCGCGGAAUUGGUGCAACAUUACCCUGAGCUCCGCCUUGAGGACAAGGAGUGUAUCAUUUACGCCACCGAGCCGUGCUGCGUUGACUUCAAUUCAUAGCAUAGCAUAGCUCAUAACACUUACAAAAUGGUUUGGGGUCACACAGAUUCCACCCCAUGCAAUAAUAAAAAUGUGAAAAGAGCUAUUUUUACUAACACCGUACCAUUAUGAUCUGGUUAGAAAUAACCCUUUCCCUGCUCUCAAAAAAUAAAAGUAUACUUCAUUAUUGAAAUAUUUGCACUAAAUACUACUAAAACUUAAGUUUUUUU